CGUGAUUCGCGGGUUUUCGUCUUCUGCAACUUGUUGACAGCGUGCCAACCUUAUAUUGACGCACUCACCGUCGAUCAUCGCCACCGGGCUCUGUUCUAGUUCUGCUCACAAAGUUUGGAUGACUUGGAGAAAUUGUCAAGGAAGUGUACAUCCGACAUGGAAUUCAACCGGACACUUUCGAAGAUUACAUGGCUCGUCACUGCCAGACGAUGGCGAGGUGCCCAGCCGCCGACGCCAGAAACUUAUAUAAAUGUACUCAAACGUCUUUCUGGUCCCUCGAACAGUCGACAGAGCCCAAUUCGUGCAUAACCUACAAGUCCUCUCAGAGAUUAGAGAGGUCAACAUGUCCGGCGAGAAAAUUCUGCACCGCAAGCUCCAAACCCAGCUGGAGCAGCGUGAGCGCCAGCAGCGCCUCAUGCAGCCCCCGGCGCCCGGGAUGGUCAAUCAACUGAUCGAUUUCGGAUCCAACGACACCCUCUCCAUCUCGACCUCGCGGGCGCUGACCAAGGGCUUCCUGAAGCAGCUGGCUUCUCAUCCGAACUUCGUCGUGGGCAGCACUUCGACGCGGAUUUUCGAAGGGACGACGCACUACCUCAACGACAUCGAGCGGGAUCUCGCCCGCUUCCACGAGGCGGAGGCGGGCCUCUUCUUCAAUUCGGGCUUCGACGCGAAUGUUGCCCUGUGGUCGACCGUGCCGCGUCCCGACGACGUGGUUGUGCACGACGAAUAUAUCCACGCCAGCAUCCAUGAUGGCAUGCGGCGCGGCCGUGCCAAGACGCGCUCGUUCGCGCACAACGACCUGCAGGACUUUCAACGCGUGCUCGAAGACCUUCGCAACCACCACGCUGGGGUCAAAGACGGCCAGAGCGUGGUUUUUGUCGCUGUGGAGUCGUUCUAUAGCAUGGACGGCGAUGUGGUGCCUAUCCGUGAGAUGCUGCACAUUUCGCGUGCGGUGUUCCCGCGGGGCAACGUGGUGUACUCGAUGGACGAGGCGCACUCGAACGGGUUGAUCGGACCGGAUGGGUCCGGGCUCGUGUGUCAUUAUGGCUUGGAAAAGGAGAUUGGGAUCCGGGUCCAUACUUGCGGGAAGGGAUUGGGCUCGACUGGUGCUGUUGUGCUUGCCUCAGAGACAAUCCGCAUUUCCAUGAUCAACUAUGCUCGCAACAUCGUCUUCUCCACCGCGCCAUCUUUUAUCACAGUCGCGGCUGUGCGGGCAGGGUACGAGUUAGCAGCCAGCGAGGAGGGCGAGAAGCGACGCCGUCGACUCCAGGAGAACACGCGCUACUUCCAGCACAUGGUCACGCAGCAUGAGCAGUGGGCGGCAGUCCGGGACAAAGGAGUGAUCCGUAUCCCCGGCGCGGAGGACUGGGGUUCGACAUCGUUCGAGACGCCGAUUUUCGCGCUGAUCACCCCGCCCGGCGAGGAAAACGAGCUGGCAGAUCAUAUCCGGGGCAACGGGUACUGGGUUGAUGCCGUGCAUUAUCCAAUCGUGCCGAAGCAGUUGGGCCGAGUCCGGCUCACGGUGCAUGCGGAUAAUACGAAGGCGCAGAUUGAGGGGGUGGUGGGUGUUUUUAUGGAGUGGGCCGGUGCACGCGUGAAGAGGGCGGGGAGGAAGGCGAGGUUGUAGUCUUUAGUUGCUGCUGUUAGUUCGUUUGCCUAAGUCUG